AACAAAAGGCAUGUCAGGAUUAUCUUGAAUGGGGAGCCUUAUCUACAUCAGCUGCAUCAGCUGGGACAGUAUAUAAAGAAUGAGAGAUUCAGGCAGGAGAAAAGAACACCAAGACCCACGGUGCUGAAUGAAUCGCUAGCAUUCAGCCACUUUUUGUUUCUCAUACACUAACUAUAUUUUGUAAGAAACAGAUCACUAAUUGCAUCCACAAUGCAACCAGCAAUGAUGAUGUUCUCCAGCAAAUACUGGGCAAGAAGAGGAUUAUCCUUGGAUUCUGCUAUGUUUGAUGAGCACCAUUUAGGCAACCAAACACAAUACAGGAGUGUUUUUAGUAAAAUUGAGGAAGCUGGCAAAGUGAAAAGCAAGGCAGCUGAUGGUGGGAAAAUGGCUGUGGUGUUCUCCCUGAAAAACGAAGUCGGUUGCUUAGUCAAAGCCCUCAGAAUCUUUCAGGAAAAGCAUGUCAAUCUUGUUCACAUCGAAUCGAGAAAGUCCAAGCGGAGAAACUCUGAGGUCGAAAUCUACGCCGACUGCGACUGCAGCAAGAAAGAGUUUAACGAGCUGAUCCUGGUUCUGAAACUCCACAGCAGCAGCAUCACUCUGAACCCUCCUGGCAGCAUGUGGACAGAGCAGGAGGAGGAGGGGGGAUUGGAUGGUGUUCCUUGGUUCCCCAGAAAGAUCGCAGAGCUGGAUCAGUGCUCCCACAGAGUGCUGAUGUACGGCUCAGAACUGGAUGCCGAUCAUCCUGGGUUUAAAGACAACGUUUAUCGACAAAGGCGAAAAUAUUUCGUGGAUGUUGCCAUGAAUUACAAAUAUGGGCAGCCCAUUCCCCGUAUCGAGUACAUGGAAGAGGAAGUGAAGACCUGGGGCAUAGUGUUCAGAGAGUUGACAAGGCUUUAUCCCACUCAUGCCUGCCGGGAAUAUCUCAAGAACCUUCCUUUACUGAUGAAACACUGUGGGUACAGGGAAGACAAUGUACCACAGCUUGAGGAUGUUUCUAAAUUCCUGAAAGAAAGAUCUGGUUUCACAGUCAGGCCUGUGGCAGGAUACCUGUCACCCAGGGAUUUCUUAGCUGGAUUGGCCUACCGAGUGUUCAACUGUACACAGUACAUACGCCACGGCACGGACCCCCUCUACACCCCUGAACCGGACACAUGCCACGAGCUGCUGGGACACAUGCCUCUCCUUGCCGAUCCAAAGUUUGCCCAGUUUUCACAGGAGAUCGGACUAGCCUCGCUGGGAGCCUCCGAUGAAGAUGUUCAGAAACUAGCAACAUGCUAUUUCUUCACCAUAGAGUUUGGACUUUGCAAACAAGAAGGGCAGCUCCGGGCCUAUGGGGCAGGACUGCUGUCUUCUAUUGGAGAGCUGAAGCACGCGCUCUCUGAUAAGGCAAGUGUAAAGCCGUUUGACCCUAGAACCACAUGCAAUCAGGAGUGUCUGAUUACAACUUUCCAAGAAGUCUAUUUUGUUUCUGAAAGUUUCGAAGAAGCCAAAGACAAGAUGAGGGAAUUUGCAAAAACAAUCAAACGUCCAUUCUCAGUGUAUUUUAACCCUUACACUCAAAGUGUGGAAAUGUUGAAAGACACCAGAAGCAUUGAGAAUGUUGUCCAGGACUUGAGAAGUGACCUCAACACCGUGUGUGAUGCUUUAAGUAAAAUGAACAAAUACUUAGGAAUUUGAGUUCCAUAGUGUUGUGUGUCUGUCUAUUCAGAUGUAACACUUGAAUAUCAUUCUGAUUCUUUCAAUGUACAAGCUGGCAUUCAAACACACACACACACACACACACACACACACACACACACACACACACACACACACACAGUGCAGUGCAAACAUUGCAGAUGUACACUACAACUGUAGCUUUAACUGCUCUUAAAGCAUUGUGUAUAUUCAUACCAAAGGUCUGAGCUAAAACACUCAUCCAAAAGGGGAAUUUGGAAGUCAUUUUCCCUUUAUUUUUAUGGGACAAUAGACUAUUUUCAUCUGUAACACGUUAUAAAACAGAACAUUCGUUCAAGUGAUACACAUUGAUUCUUGUUUGGUGUAGUGUUAGGGUUGUGGCAUGCUUCAGUAGAGCUAUAACAAUACCCUUGGGUUACACUGUGUCAUUGUCAUAUAUUCUGCUUCUCAUAAUGGAAUGAUGUGGUAGCUGUGGCGGGGUGACACAUGAUUUGCACAUCAUUGUAGACACUGGUGCCAGUUUCAAUGUUGAGAGGUUCCAUACGUCAUCUGGUAGAAAAAAAAUAAGAAGCCAUGUCUGUCUGAUGUGUUUUAAAUGAUACAUUAUGCUAUGAUGGUAUUAUUUAUGGUACUGUGUAUAACCCUUCUUGAACCAGGGUUCGAAGUAUAACUGCUAAAUAUUGUAAUAAAAUCAUACCACAUUCUGCAGUAUUUGUCUUGGUGUGCUAUAUAAAAGUAGAUAAGAAGAGUUUAGUAAAAUUACAUUGUGGAACUCUGUGUAUUGGUUCUGACAAUUCAUUACAUAGACUGCAAAGGCGUAUUGUGCAGCCUAAUCAGAAACUACUGUCUCCAGUUUACAAAGGAAUCAACCUAGACAUGUUAAUAUUGCCCCUUGUACAACUUCACCCUGUUACAUUUACAUGGCAUUUUUGCAGUUUUCCACGAUUUUACGAUGUAUUUACCAAGGUUUACCAUGGUUUGCCAUUUUUAAAAAUAUGUUUUACCAUACCUCUCUGGGCUUUACAAGAGCCUAUGUUUUACCACACUUUCACUAUGCUUCAUUGCACUUCGCUAUGCUUUUACAGCUGUAAACUUUUAUUACUGCUCCCAAACACCUUGAUGCAUCCAUGUUUUAGAGGGAUCAGCAGUUCACAGCAUGUUGGUUUGAUAUGUAUGGGACUGCUGAUGGUGGCCUUAAUGUUUUACUGCCCAGGGUAUGUUCCCAUAAAUAUUUAUUGCCCAUUUUCUGAAUGUCAAAUAAUUUGGACACUGGGAAGCAAAGGGUUAAUAUUGAAUAAUACUGGAGGUAGUUUUAUAUUACUGUGAACAGGAGAAAAUCAGACCUGUAAAUUGCCUUAAUUAAAGCAAUGUUUUACUGUAACUUGACAUUAUACUGUACAUGCAGCAGUGCUGUAAAUUGGUUCAGAUGGAUACACACUGUAGGCUCGAAGAAGAGUCUUGGCAAGGGGCUUUACUGCUUUAGCGGGUUGUCUUACUUCAUAUACCACUGACAAUAGCAGUCUGAAAAGAAAUUCCGCCAUUCAUUUCCAUUUUAAACCCUUUCCCAACCACUGUGCAGUUCUCAUUUGUUAUUUCAAACCGUCAGAUCUUCUCUCUACCUGGAUUUAGAGCAGUGGAGCCUCAUUCUGCUCCACAAACCCAGAAUUAAGUGAGGGUUUUUAUUCUCGCAUGCAUACUUAAUCUGAUCAGGGAGAAAAUCGUGUGUGACCUGAAUGCGAGAUUUUCAUUAGCACAUGGUAAAGUCCAAGUGUCUUAUUAAGCCCAUGUUGAAAAUAUCCUCUCUAGCCUGUUAUUGUUUUCUGUUAAAUUAUAUUACAAUUAAAAUAAAAACACUUUUUUUUUAUUCCCUGGGCUAUUGCAUCAUUUGAAAAUGCCAUUUAUUUGUGAAAGAAUGAUACCUGUUUGGUUCACAGAGAUAUGCAGAUGGAAGAGAUGAAACUAAUAGCUGAAUUUCUUUGAUUGUUUUAAUUGUUUAAUUGUUUCUUCUUUGUUGGACAAAACAACCUCAUCAUAACCUUGUCAGAUUUGUACUCCACACUUUUCACUAUAAAGCCAUGAAUUGUG